UGUUUGUUUGUUUUGUUAAGCCACUUAAUAUUGACUUAUUAUUAAAUAGACAUAAAACAGGCAACAUAGGCACUUUGUUGUCAGCGGCCUGUCACAAAUACACAUAAUUCUUUCACAUUUCUUUGGUUGAAUAUAUGAAAGAAGCUUGGAGAACUCUUCUUGAAGACUACUUAAAGAAAUGACAAGAAAAUUUGACAGAGAUAUAAACGGCAUUUCCAUGUAUGCUUGCACCUUUCAGUUUCCCAUUUUCCUAGCAAAGGUUAAAGAAAUGAGGGGUGGUUUGAUACUUUUACACAGUAUGUUUACUGGGGAAUGAACACCAAAGACAAUACAAGUUAAAUGGUGUUGCACAGAGUGCUGAAUUUGUAUGUUUCCCUCAUUUUCACAUGUAUUUAGAAUCCAUGUGAAAAUGAGGGAAAGUAUCAAAUUUCUACAUUUGCUACAUUUCUACAUUUCCUGAUCUGAAAGAACAGGUUCUGAUGUUCUGUAACAGUGACCUAGCUGUGUGCUUGUCAUGGUUUUAUUGAGGCUGAAUGCUUCAAAUGAUUAAUUUCAGUACUAUAUUCAUACCGAGUUGAACAUACCAAAAAAAUGAACUUUUUGUGCAAAUGCAUAUCAUAUAUAUCAUCUGAUCACUGAACCCUGAAGCUAGAUACAUUUAUAUAAUCUAUAAUCAGGAUUAUAAUCUGGACUUUGACUUUGCUAUGAAUUUUUGAUGACUUCAGUCAGUCCUCCUGUGCCAGCUGAGAAACUCUUACUCUAAAGCUACAGGACUCUGAACAUUUACCCUCAUGCCUUUUACAUAUCACUUGGAAAUACAACAAGAGCAACAUAACUGAAGUGCACUUCAGGGAUUGCCAUGUACAUCUGUAAGCAGUGGUGGUUUUGAGCACUUUGGUUACCUCUCAUACUCAAACUUGUCAUGUGUGUUACAGCUUUUGGAAAUGUGACAGUUUAACAUCAAAAUGUCUUCCAAGACAGAGAAGGCUAAUCGAGACAUUGCCUCUAGCAAUGUUUGUACCUACGCUCUGAAAGCUCAACCUGUCAACAGCCUGAUGAACACACACACACCUCUUUCUUUAUUUUGGGAGGAGUCUGCAAGGCGAUUUACAUCCAUUGAGCUUCAUACAUAUGCUUAGUUCGCGAGUGGAAACGGUCACAGCAGUUUUUACCGGCUGAGGCGAACACUUGCUAGGAUGCACUGCCAUCAGGGCUUGGUGAGCUUUCUCAGCUGUGGACUUGUUCUGGCAGGAGUUUGGCACCUGGUUUAUCACAGGAAGUCACAGAGCUCCUAUGGACGCUACAUGACAUGCCCUCCUGCUAGAACGGUUCCUGCUAGACUAGCCUGGUUCCUUCAGGAGAUGCCGGCUUUCAUCAUCCCUCUACUUUUAAUGCUCACCACGCACAAAUCCACAAUUAUGGGGAAGUACCUGCUGCUAGCGACCUUUUGCGUGCACUACUUUCAAAGAACAUUUGUGUACUCGCUAUUGAUGAAAGGAAAGCCUUUCCCGCUGAGUGUGAUGGUGACAGCGGGUUUGUUCUGCUCUCUAAAUGGUUUCCUGCAAGGACACUACCUGCUGCAUUGUGCCCAGUUUGAUGAUGAGUGGUUUACGGGCUAUUGCUUUAAAAUUGGUUUACUGCUGUUUUACAUCGGCAUGGCCAUUAAUAUUCACAGCGACUUUAUUCUACGCAACUUGAGGAAACCAAAGGAAGUAAUAUACAAGAUUCCUACUGGAGGUCUGUUUGAAUAUGUGUCUGGUGCCAACUACUUAGGGGAGAUUGUGGAGUGGUUUGGAUACGCUGUAGCCACCUGGUCUUUUCCAGCACUCUCAUUCGCUCUGUUCACCCUCUGCUUCAUUGGACCAAGAGCCUACUACCAUCACAGGUUUUAUCUUGAGAAAUUCAAAGACUAUCCCAAGUUUCGAAAGGCUUUAGUUCCUUUUAUCUUCUGAGGGAAAACAUUCAUGUAUUGCAAAAAACUGUUUACCGUGGUCUAUAACAUGUUAUACAACAUUGUUAUUAGUGAGGCCUUAACGUGGAAUAGUCUAGUUAGCUUGGUUUAGUUAGUGUUUGUAUUUAAGAAGGUAACAAGGUGAAGUGUAUCAAUAGUAUUUGCAGCUUGUGAAAUUUAUGCAUGAUGUAUUAAUAAAUGUAUUUGUCUUGUUUAUUACUGAUACUCAUACAACCGAGUUUCCAAAAGUCAGGACUGCUGUUUGAAAUUAAAUCAAAUGUAAGAAUCCACUGAUUACCAAUUUUACCAAUCUUGCUUCAAAACUGCUGGUGCCAUAAUUUUUGGGACAAUUUCACAGCUUUUGUAAUUUUGUGUCCGUAGACCAUCACAGUGGGAUUAAAACUAAACAAAAAGAUGUUAGUUUCAACUCAAAUGGUGUAACAGCAAUAGGACCAUAGCCCACCAUUUUCAGUUGUUGUGAAAGUAACUGGAAACUUAACAGACAGCCGGUUUCAAUUGGCCAGGUGAGACCAGUUCUGUCAUUAUUCUGUGACAAAUGAGAUAGAGAUUUGGAGUCGAUCCAGUUGUUGAAUUUUACAUUGGAACUUAACAUGAGGUCUAAAGACAUGUUGAUGCAAGUGAGGCCCUCAUGAGGCUGAAAAAACGGAAAGUAUAAAUUAAAAACAAACCUCUCUGUUUAAGAAUGUACCAGCAAAAUGAAAAGCCCACAGAAGGCAAUUACAGUAUGUGAUGGCAAAUUCCUUCUUUGAUUAAGAAAAACAACUUCUCCACCAGUGGAAAUGUGCCACUAGUAUUUAAUGAAGUAGCAGGAUGAACUGUGAAGCGUACAGGCCAAUACUCUCUGCUCCAACUCAGCCAGAUGUUGCAAAACUGAUAGGAGACCCUUUCGCAGUGCAAAUGGAAAAUAACCCAGAGGCUACUGCCAAAGAAAGACAAGAGUUUCUCAAGGCAAAGACAUGGGAUAUUCUUCAAUGGGCAAGUCAGUGACUUGAUCUCAACCCAACAAAGCGUGCUUUUCAGUUACUGAAGACAAGACUGAAGGCAGAAAGUCCCACAAACAUGCAGGAACUGGCUGCACUGAAGGCCUGGCAGACUAUUGAUGUUGCCUAAUACUGUUUGUGAGCCACGGUUCAAAUUCAAAGACUAUCCCAACUUUCGAAAGGCUUUGUCCAUAGGCUCUAGACUUCAAGCAGCCAUUGACUACACUGGCUACAAAGAAUUUUUAUCCAAGUU